CUGAUAACCUGUUUUUGAUUAGAUAAACAAAUGUCAAUGUUAACUUGUAGUAAAGCAAAUAAGUUAUUUUUCAACAGUUUUAAAUUAUCCACGGACUGUUAAUAUAAUUCAACAUAAAAUAUUUAUGUUUGCUAAUAUUAUUGUUCACCUAUAAAAGUUUAGAUAACCAUGAAUUGUUUACAUUCUAGUCAUCUAAGACAUGUUAAGUUUCUGAAGUAUAUACGUCUAUCUCUAAGAAAAWGCAGUAGUUUUUUAAUUAAUGACAGUAAAUAUUCAUUUCUCAAAGAACUUGGUUUAAAUGAAGAAAACGUAGGUGUCUAUGACGGCCAAUGGAACGCAAAUGGAAAUAUAACUACAUCGUUUUGUCCAGCAAAUGGUCUACCAAUAGCUUCAGUUCGUAAUGGUAAUGAAGAAGAUUACGAUAGAUGUGUGUCAAAUGSUCUUGAAGCUUGGAAGGUAUGGUCUGAUAUACCUGCUCCAAAACGUGGUGAAAUCGUUAGGCAAAUUGGCAGUGCAUUUAGACAAAAAUUAGAACCACUUGGAAAAUUGGUAUCAUUGGAAAUGGGUAAAAUUUUGGGAGAAGGUAUUGGUGAAGUUCAAGAGUAUAUUGAUAUUUGUGAUUAUGCUGUUGGUUUGUCAAGGAUGUUUAAUGGUUCAAUAUUUCCUUCUGAAAGACCAAAUCACAUUAUGUUGGAGCAAUGGAAUCCAUUAGGACUUAUAGGAAUUAUUAGUGCAUUUAACUUUCCUGUUGCAGUUUAUGGUUGGAAUAGUGCUAUAUCCAUGGUAUGUGGUAAUGUUGUAAUAUGGAAAGGAGCGCCAACUACUUCUCUUACUUCAAUUGCAACUACAAAAAUAUUAGCUUCAGUCCUAGAAAAAAACAAUGUUCCAGGAGCUGUUUUAUCUUUAUGUACUGGUGAUGUUGAUAUUGGGGUGUCAAUGGUUAACGACAAACGGGUGAAUUUGGUUUCAUUUACUGGAAGUAGUUCUGUUGGCCAAAAAGUUGGUGUAGAAGUGCAAAAACGAUUUGGUCGUGUGUUAUUAGAAUUAGGCGGUAAUAAUGCUAUUAUUGUUACUCCUGAUGCUAAUCUUGAAAUGGUAUCACAAUCUGUGGUUUUUGCAUGCUGUGGAACAGCUGGGCAAAGAUGUACCACUACUAGAAGAUUAAUUUUGCAUAAAUCGAUUUACAAUACAGUUUUAGUAAACUUAGUUAAGGCAUAUUCUAAUGUUUUAAAAAGAUUAGGAGAUCCACUUGAUAUAACUACUCUUUAUGGUCCUAUGCAUUCAUUAACAGCUGUUGAAAAUUUUAAGCAAACAAUAUCUGAGGCUAUUGAGGCUGGAGGACAAAUUGAAUUUGGAGGAAAAGUUUUGGAUAGAGCUGGUUAUUUUGUUGAACCUACCAUUAUAUCAGGUUUGAAGUAUGAUUCACCUGUGGUGUGUCGUGAAACAUUUGCUCCUAUUGUUUAUGUAUUAAAGUAUGAUACUUUGGAUGAAGCUAUUGCGUGGAAUAAUAGUGUAGAUCAAGGAUUAUCAUCUAGUAUCUUUACUAAUGAUAUUGGAACGGUAUUCAAAUGGACUGGCCACAAAGGAUCAGAUUGUGGUAUUGUUAAUGUUAAUAUACCAACAAACGGAGCAGAAAUUGGUGGUGCAUUUGGUGGUGAAAAGCAUACUGGAGGUGGAAGAGAGUCUGGUUCAGAUUCUUGGAAACAGUACAUGAGAAGAUCAACUAUUACAAUUAAUCAUGGAUUUGGAYUAACAUUGGCUCAAGGCAUUAAAUUUGAAUAAUAUAAUUGAAAAUUGAAAAUUUUUUACUAAAAAUAUUGAAGGUUACUUAUUUCUAUUUUUUUAUAGUUAAUUUGCGGUAACCAAGAUAAUAUUAWUUUUAUUGAUGUUUAUCAUAAUAUGUAAUUUCAAUCAUAGAUUAAUUUGUUAUUGUUUAUACUAAAUGCAUUCMAAAUUUUUACAUAUCUUUUUUCAAAGUGUUUAUUUCAGGAAUAAGCAUAUUGCAUAUAAUAUUUUAAAAACAAACUCAUGCGAGACUAAUCUCAACUUACAAAAGUUAUUCAAAUUGAGCUUUAUAAUAAAGCAUAAUAAAUAAUAACCAUUCUGUUGAUUAAGUGUUUUAGUUAUUAAGUAGAUAAACCUUGCAAUCUCCUUAAUUUAAUGAAUUGUCUUCAGUUUUUAAUGUUUUACAUUUUUUAUUAAAAUAUAUCAAUAUUCCGUGGUGUAAUAUAAU